CCACCCCACGGCGCUCCAACCAAACCAAACCAGGCACCCAAGCCCAAAAACCAACGGAGGACUCUGUCCAGGAGUCAAGGCGCAAGAAAGAAGAACAGAAACCGGCCACCUGCCUGCCUUCCAACCCCCGGCCUCCAGACCACACCCACCGCGCUCGCGACCAUGUCCUCGUCUUCCUCGUCGUCUUCGAUCGGCGCCUCCCUCGCGCUCGCGGCGGCCACGGCCAUGGCGCUCUCGGGAUCCCUCGUCCUCUUCUCGCUCCGCCGCUUCGCCAAGCCCGCCGAGCACGACGACGACGUCCCCGCUUCGCCUGCGUCCCUCCGCCCCUGCCUCUCCUCCUCCUCCUCCAACUCAGAGAGGCGGCCGCGGCGGAAGGGGGAGAAGAAGCGGGUGCGCUUCGCGGCGGGCGUCGUCGACAAUGAGGGCGCCGCGCCGCCCGUCGCCAGGUCGUCGUCGUCGGCCAGGCCGUCUCCCUCGGAGCCGACGUGCAGGGGCAGCGCGGGCGGGGACCACCACCGGAUGCCGGCGAACCGGGAGGCGCUGUACCGCGGCAUGCUCCGCGACCGCUCCGUGCACAGGACCGCCUACUCCUACUGACCUCCCAACGCCGGCGGCCAGUAGCGAGUCGCCGUGCUCGACUCGAUUAGUUUGCAAAGCUAGAUUGUUAGAGUUCAAGUCUUCCAAGGGCAACCCGUUCGUCCGUCCGUGUUGUUGUUUCUUCCUUCUUCUUUUGUUUUCUUUUUGCCUGUGCCGUUGGUGUCUGGUUGCUUUGGUUUGCUUUGGUAGGCAGGCUGUUGACUCUGUCCUGGCAUGGCAUGGGUCUCUGUACAACGGAGUAGGUGAUUAUUAGGAGUAGCGGAAGAAGAUUUGCUACCAGAUCUGCACCUUUUCUUUUUCUCUCCCCGGGAAGGUUUCCUCUGUACAUACAGAUCCACCCCGGUCUCAUUUUCUUUUCUCGUAAGAAAAAGAUGAUGGAAACCUUGUGAUUCAAAUGCUC